UUCAAGCAAGACAGCCCCUUGGAAGUCUCCGGGGCUAGGCUAAAUGCCGUAGGGGGUGGUUCUGUCUACUGGGCAUGCGCGGCGGUGGCGCGGCUGUGCGAUACAGGAUGGCUCCCCCAAAUCAAAUUUUGGCAACAAAGAUUUUUAAGGGAAUUUUAACCCUUGAACUUCUUGGAAUCGCAGGAGCAUAUUGGCUGUUUAAUAAAAUGAACACAAAUCAAGAUUUCAGACAUACAAUGAGUAAGAGAUUUCCCUUAGUCUUAGAAGCUUAUUACAAAUCUAAUGAAUGGUCUGGACUCUAUGGAAUAAGAGAACGUGAUCAAGAAGAAUGGUUAAACUGCAAAAAUUAGAACCUCUUCAAUUUGAACUUUUCUUCUCUCUGAGUCAUAACACUAGUCAUCUCUUUCAGCUUCCUGCUGAAUUGUUUUUAUACUUUUGAAGAAAAAGCCAGUGUGGUUGCAUCAAAUAAAGUUUUUGAUUAAACACACACACACACAUGUAUGUAAUGUAAUAAUAUGUGUGUGUGUGUGUAUGUUUUAAACUCAAGAAAGCCAUAUUCUAUUGAGGCAACUGAGAUCUUUUAUUAUUCUGAAACCAGUAGCAGAAAGAAAGGAAAAAUUUUCAGUGGAAGCUAUUCUAUCCAAAUAUAUGCUUAUCAGUGUAAGAAUAAUAAAGAGUAACUUUAAAAUAUCAGAAAUUAUGACUACAUUUAGUUUGUAUAUACAUCAUUGUUGUAGCAUGGCAUAUGAUAAAUUGUUUGGUUAAUAAAAUACAAUUAGUAAAUUUGAA